AUGGCUCAAAACACCCAACAACAUGGUACUAGAAAUGAUGUUAAAAGAGUAAAUGGAGUUGAUUUAAGUGGUAUUCAUAAUCAAUUACAAGAAAAUGCUCAACAAAUUGCUACCUUAACUACUCUCGUGUCUAAAAUUGUUGCUAGUAACGAGUCUAAAGCUAGAGUUUGUGGAAUUUGCUAUAAUGAGUCUCAUCCUACUGAUAAAUGUCCUGACUUGCAAUCUGAAGAUGUGAAUGCUAUAGGUGGUUAUUCUGGUCAAAGAAAAUAUGAUCCUUACUCACAAACCUAUAAUGAAGGUGAUACGGUUAUGGAUGAAAAAGGUUGGAAAGACCACCCUAAUCUAAUGUAUGGAAAUAGACCACAACUUCCACAAUCUAAUCAACCAAGGCAAUAUGGUCAACCAAAUCACCCACCCCAAUCUGGUCCUUCACUAGAAGACUUAGUUAAGCAACUAACUAAUCAAAUAGGGCAAGUCCAUAAUCAGGGUAUUGAGUAUCAAAAGAAAGCUGACAUGCGCCUUCAUCACAUAGACACUCAAAUAGGUCAGAUUCGCACUUCUUUAAGUAAUCUUCAAACUCAACUAUCAGGUAAACUUCCAUCACAAACAAUCCCUAAUCCCAAUGGUCAUGUUAAAGCUAUCACACUUAGGAGUGGUAAAGUGUUAACUGAACCUAAAAUGAAAAGUCGUGAAGUUGAAAAAGAGAUAGAAGUCAAUCCCGAAGUUGGAUCAGGGGAAAGAGUGGAAAGUGAGGGUACUGUGAAGGACAAUGAAAAAGAAAAUGAAGGGAAGAGUAAAACUGAAUCUGAUUCUGUUGUUUCUCGUUUUAAAGAAUUGCCUCCUUUCCCUUCUCGAUUUUCUAAAGCUAAGAAAGAGAGUCUUGACAAUGAAAUUCUAGAACUUUUAGGAAAAUUGAAGUCAAUAUUCCCCUUCUUGAUGCAAUUAAACAAGUACCUCGUUAUGCAAAGUUUCUUAAGGGACUAUGUACUAACAAAAGACAGUUUCGUCCUUCUGAAAAGGUACUCAUAG